CUCGCCCGGCUGGGGAGCGUCCCGUGGGGUCCCGGCUGCAGCCCGCCUGGCUUUGCAUGAGCUCUAAGGAUUUGUCAGCCAGACGCUACGCGCUGCGGGCGGCCGGGCCGCGGAGGUCUGAGGUUAAUCAGCGCGUAGCUGCGAGCCAGAGAGACGCGGCUCCUCUCGCUGAGGGCCGCCCGCCCGGGCCGAGUUACCCGCCAGCAGCCGCCGAGUGAGCGCCUGUGCACGGGGGAGGCCGGACGCCCGCGUGGGGUCGGGGAUGUCCCGCAGCGUCAAGGCCGAGCCCCCGCAGCCCUUCGAAGACUAGAGCGUGUAGACGCCGCCAGACGCCUGGCGAUAGCCAGGCCUCUGCUGUUAGCACUUGGGGGCCUGCGUGAGGCCCGCUGGUGUCCCCGGAGUCCAGGUCAAGGGCUGGGGGUGUGAGUGUGAGAAAACACGUGCUGCUGCCGGGCGGCGCUGCACAUGCGGCGACAGUUUUUAAAAAUGUAUUCUUCUCAUUACAGCGGCAAGAUUUUGGUUUGGCAAUAAGGGAAUUUAAAAACAGCGUUUGGCAGACCCUUUUUUCCCCCCGGUGUCCUUUCAUUCCGUGUUUACUGUUUUAAUUUGCUAUUAGAUUUUUCUGGGAUCUUUUCAUCCGAUUUCUUAGCGAGACUGAGUUUGCCAAUUGAUGUUUACUUGUUCAAACAUUUGUUCAAUGAUACCUACACUGUCUUCUCAGUUAGCCCUGUCCAGAUUCAUCGAUACACGUUAUUAAAACCUCGUUAUUAUUGUACGUGUCAAAAUACAAUGUUUGUACAUCAGCUGGAAGAACAUUACUUCGGAUGUUAAGAAGUGUGCUGGAUUUGAGUUUUGUUUUAAGUAGGUGUGCAAAGAUGAAUUUUGAUAAAUAACUUUAUUCUUGUUGGCAUAUUUUAAGAUAGUUAAAAAGAAUAAGAUAUGAGUCAUUUGAUUUCUCACCUAAUAAGUCUGUUAACUUUAAUUUCACUAAGAAACUAUUACUAUUGCAGGUCAACUGCUGGUCGAACACGAUGCUAUUACAGUUAAAUACUGAAAAGUGAUGGUACACACACAUGCUGCUCAUACUUUGGGAACUCAGAAUUAUGUUCAGACAUCUGCAUAAUUUAAUUUGGAAUAUCAGGUGGGUUUCAGUCCAGUGCCCUCAGCUGCAGAUGAGCUACCUCACAUAAAAGGACCUCGCUAUUGGCUGUACUCUGGACUGUAGUUGCCAAGGAUUCAAACCCGGGAAAAUAAACCACCGUCAGUGUGAGCAGUGCAGACAUGGAUGGGUGGCUCACGCUCUAAGUAAGCUGAGGAUCCCCCCCGUGUAUUCAACAAGCCAGGUAGAGAUUGUCCAGUCCAAUGUGGUGUUUGAUAUUAGCAGCCUCAUGCUUUAUGGGACCCAGGCCAUUCCUGUUCGCCUAAAAAUCCUACUGGACCGACUCUUCAGUGUCUUGAAGCAAGAUGAAGUUCUCCAGAUCCUGCAUGCCUUGGACUGGACCCUCCAGGAUUAUAUCCGUGGAUAUGUGCUUCAGGAUGCAUCAGGAAAGGUGUUGGAUCACUGGAGCAUCAUGACCAGUGAGGAGGAAGUGGCCACCUUGCAACAGUUCCUUCGUUUUGGAGAGACCAAGUCCAUAGUUGAACUCAUGGCAAUUCAAGAGAAAGAAGAGCAGUCCAUCAUCAUACCACCUUCCACAGCAAACGUAGAUAUCAGGGCUUUCAUCGAGAGCUGCAGCCACAGGAGGUCUAGCCUACCCACCCCUGUGGACAAAGGAAGCCCCAGCAGUAUACACCCCUUUGAGAACUUCAUAAGCAACAUGACUUUCAUGCUGCCUUUCCAGUUCUUCAACCCUCUGCCUCCUGCACUGAUAGGGUCAUUGCCUGAUCAAUAUAUGCUGGAGCAGGGUCAGGACCAAAGUCAGGACUCCAAACAGGAAAUCCAUGGGCCCUUCCCCAACAGCAGCUUUUUAACUUCUAAUUCCACACCAUUUCAGGUUGACAAAAGCCAGUGUUUAAACUGUCCAGAAGCUAUUACUAAAAAUGAAGACAGUACCCAUUUAAGUGACUCCAGCUCUUACAACAUUGUUGCUAAGCUUGAAAGGACACAAUUAUCCCCUGAGGCCAAGGUGAAGCCUGAGAGGAAUAGCCUUGGCACAAAAAAGGGCCGGGUGUUCUGCACGGCUUGUGAGAAGACCUUCUAUGACAAAGGCACCCUCAAGAUCCACUACAACGCCGUCCACCUGAAGAUCAAGCACAAGUGCACCAUCGAGGGGUGCAACAUGGUGUUCAGCUCCCUGAGGAGCCGGAAUCGCCACAGUGCCAACCCCAACCCGCGGCUGCACAUGCCCAUGAACAGAAACAACCGGGACAAAGAUCUCAGGAACAGCCUGCACCUGGCAAACUCCGAGAGUUAUAAGCACCAAGGUUUUGUGGUGACAUCACCGGACUGCAGGCCUCUCCCCAGCUAUCCUGGUUCAGGAGAAGAUUCCAAAGGUCAUUCAGCCUUCCCAAACAUUGUACAGAAUGGUGUGCUUUUUCCCAACCUAAAGACAGUCCAGCCAGUCCUUCCUUUCUACCGCAAUCCAGCCACACCUGCUGAGCUGGCAAACACACCUGGGAUGCUACCUUCUCUCCCUCUGCUGUGCUCUUCCAUCCCAGAACAGCUGGUUUCAAACGAAAUGCCAUUUGAUGUCCUUCCCAAGAAGAAAUCCCGGAAGUCUAGUAUGCCUAUCAAAAUAGAGAAGGGAGAUAUGGAAGUAGUUGAAAAGAGGCACAGGCUCAGCUCAGAUGAAGACAUGCCCCUUCAGGUGGUCAGUGAAGAUGAGCUGGAGGCCUGCAGCCCUCAGUCAGACAAAGCAUCUAAGGAGCAGCACACUCAGUCAGGAAGCCUGGGGAAGCCCGUCCCUGAAGGAGAAAGGCCCUGCCAUCUCCCAUCAGUGACUGAGUCCAGCGGACCCAUCAGCCGAAUCCCUGAACAGACCACACACAGCUCAGAGAGAGAGACUGAACAGAUGGCUGCGCUGAUUAUGGUGCCUAGAGAGGUUGAGGAUGGCGGCCAUGAACAUCACUUUGCCCCCAGGAUGGAGCCCCAAGUUCCUUUUUCUGACUACAUAGAACUGCAGCAACGCCUGCUAGCUGGGGGACUCAUCAGUGCUUUGUCCACCAGGGGAAUGGCUUUUCCUUGUCUGGAAGAUGCUAAAGAACUGGAGCACAUGGGUCAGCAUGUGUUAGCAAGGCAGAAGGAAGAAAAUCGCUUCCAGUGCGACAUCUGCAAAAAGACCUUUAAAAAUGCCUGCAGUGUCAAAGUGCAUCACAAGAACAUACAUGCCAAAGAAAUGCACGUGUGCACAGUGGAGGGCUGCAGGGCCACCUUCCCCUCCCGCAGGAGCAGAGACAGACACAGUUCAAACCUAAACCUCCACCAAAAAGUGUUGAACCAAGAAACACUGGAGAGCAGUGAAGACCAUUUCCGUGCUGCUUACCUUCUGAAAGACGUGGAUAAGGAAGUCUAUCAGGAUGUGGCCUUCACACAGCAAGCUUCCCAGACAUCUGUCAUCUUCAAGGGAACCAGUCAAAUGGGCAAUCUGGUUUACCCAAUAACCCAAGUCCACAGUGCCAGCCUGGAGAGCUACAACUCUGGCCCCUUGAGCAAGGGAACCAUUCUGGAUUUGAGUACUACCUCAAGCAUGAAGUCAGAGAGCAGCACCCAUUCCUCUUGGGACUCUGAUGGAGCGAGUGAAGAAGGCACCAUGCUUAUGGAGGACAGUGAUGGGAACUGUGAAGGGCCGAGCCUUGUCCCCGGGGAAGAUGAGUACCCCAUCAAUGUCCUGAUGGAGAAGGCCGACCAGAGCCUGGCCAGCCUGCCUUCUGGGUUGCCCAUAACCUGUCACCUCUGCCAAAAGACAUAUAGUAAUAAAGGGACCUUUAGGGCCCACUACAGAACUGUGCACCUCCGCCAGCUCCACAAAUGCAAAGUACCAGGCUGCAACACUAUGUUUUCAUCUGUCCGCAGUCGAAACAGACAUAGCCAGAAUCCCAAUCUGCACAAAAGCCUGACAUCUCCAAGUCACCUCCAGUAAUAAGAGGGCAGACCAAGUAUGCUCCACUAAGCCUCUGUCAUGAUUCAGGAAUAAGGUAGUCCAAAGA